AUGCUGGCUGCAAAAGAAGCGGCAGCAGCAGCAGCAGCAGCAGCAGCAGCAGCAGCAGCAACAGCAGCAGCAGCAGAAGCAGAGGCAGCCGCUCGUGAAGCUGCAGCUGCAGAAGAAGCAACCAGGCUAGAAGAGGAGUUGGGCCCCUGGCAGAGAAGGUCUGACCGUGGCAAGGAUAUGGAUUUUGAACCAGAAAGAGACGACGAGGAGGAGUUUUCUUAUGGUAUCUCCAAUCCUGCCCAACCGACGAGUGAGAGGCAUGGCAUACCAUGGCGUUCUGCUGUGGGACACACUCACCACCCCGCUGACGACCGCCACGUCAUUACCAACCUGCUCAACCUGUGGGCAGGCGGGGCACGCAGCAGAGCAGAGGCAAUAACACGGUUCUACCCCGGCAACAGCACCAUGGCUGAGCUGUCUCUGCUGCUCAAGAACGAGGUCGGGCAGCCUGUUCUGAACGGCUUUGAUAUCUUCUUCUACCUGCCUCGGUCUCUCUCUCACACCUUCGCCUCCCGGAGUCUCUCACUUACACCUUUCUCACCUACCCUUCCUCACUCUCCUUGCCAUGCCUCUCUGUCAACAUUUAAAGAGACGCUGAUGAACCUGUGCUACGCCGCAAAGCGUGGCGACAUGCUGGAGUGCUUUUGCCUCGCUGGUGGCGUGGCCGCUGCUGACUACAAUGGUUGCACACCCAUGCAUCUAUCAGCAGUGACAGGGCAGGACAAGGUGCACCUAGCAGCAGUGACAGGGCAGGACAAGGUGGUGCAGUUCCUGCUGGCGCACGGCGCGCAGGUGAAUGCCAAGGACGCCUUCUGGCGCACGCCCCUGCAGGAGGCCGUUGCUGCCGGCCACUGGAGCACCGCUGAGAUCCUCCGCAGGUCAGUGUGCCGCCCACCGCCCACCGCUCUCUGCCACUGCUCUUUCACUGCUCUGCCACUGCUCUUUCACUGCUCUGCCACUGCUUUGCAACUGCUCUGCCAGACCCCUCGGAAGGCAGGAAUUCAGCACGCCCUGGCACCUGCUCUUUUCUGCGGUGCCAUGUGUAGUGCCCCCUUUGCUCCUCGUGUCACAUGUGUCGGCCUUGCUCCUCAGGGAAUGACCCAGCCGCGCAAACACCGGAAGCACACGUGCCACCUCGCCUGCUCCACCACCAGAACAACCACCCGGCACACCUUUCGCCCCCCCUCUCUUCCCCCCUUCCAGUCCUGCAGUAUCCACUCCCCCUCUCUUCUCCCCUUCUCCCCUGCCCCCAUUCAGUCUCCCCCUCCAAGCGUCACAUUCGUGCAGACGUUCGAGCUGCUUCACACUCCUUUCCCUCCAGUCGCCCUCUCCCCUCUCUUCUCCCCCCCUUCCCCCGUCCAGUCCUCCCACACCAAGCGUCACACCUCCUUCUCAGGCUUGCGAGAAGAUGUGCCGCCAUCCCACCACCACUCGCCCACUCCUCCACUCCCUUGUUCCCCCAUCUCCUUCUCUCCCUUUCCCGCUCUUGUAACCCCCCUCUCUCCUCGUACAGCAAUGGCGCUCAUCUCCACCCUAUUCUCCUUACCCCGCCCGUCCCACCCCUUCUCCCCCUCUCCAUCUCUCUUCCUCUCCCAUUGUCCCCUUCUCCCCGCCCCCCCUCCUCUCCCUCUCCCCCUACAGCAACGGAGGCGAGCUGCACCUGCGCAACCAGAGCACGCACCUGUGCCGCCUCGCCAGCUCGUCCAACUCGCACCAGCUGGCGCGGCUGCUGGAGUUCGGCGCCGACCCCAACUCCGCUGA